AUGACGCCACCCUGCGUGCCAAGCGCCACUAGCGUACCGCGACCAGCCAGACUACUAGGAAGAGUAGGGACACGAAAGCCGGCGCAGGUACAAGCCAUCCCAGAACCCGACCAAACCCACAGCCCAACCGCGACUCCACGAGGAGUUUGGCAGCGUACGCGGCCGGAGGCGGGGCUUGUCGUCAGGAGGGGGCGCCUGUCGCCCGGGGGCGGGGCCUGUCGCCCGGGGGAACCACCCGCUGGCAGCGCACGCUUCCCGGCCAGCGUUUCCGCUGAGCCGCUGCUGGCAGACGCCCUGACUGGUUACCUCCCUCGGACGUCAUUGGCGGGAAAGGGGUCUCUGAGGCUCCGGGCACCGAGGGCCCUUGCGAUAGUGUGGCCGCGGCUAGGCCAGACCAGGUGCAGGGGCGAGUCCCCGGUCGCCCUUUGCGACGCCGCCGCGGGCUUCAGCAACAGUGACUAUGGUUCGGGUGGGUUGCACCGGCCCGGGCGGGCCUCGGGGCCCGGGCCCGACCGGCCGUUGCCCGCCCCAGGCCCCCACAGCUGGAGGGCCUUUGAAGAAUAUGCAGAAUGUGAAAAUGCCAAGCUUCUGAAGGCAUUUGGUUCCUUGCCCAAGGAUAGAGGCAGAUAUCAAGGGAGCCUGAGAAUGUUUGUGACCUCUCCAGCCAGCAGUAGUGGUAAUAAGGUUAUGUACCAAACAGAGAUGUAUGGAAAGCUAAAAGAGGACAUGCUAAGGAAGAGGACUCAAAAAAUGAUAAAGUAAUGUUUUUGUACUCACUACAAGUCAACAUAGUAUGAAUUACACCAAGAGGUGUGGUCAGAUAUUUGAUUUAAAGUUCACGUACUACCAGAUGACCCAGUAAUAGUGGAAAUGCUGCAAAACAACGUGCAGGACAAGCUCUACUUCUCUCCACGGGAUACUUGGAUACUUUCAGUUUCAAAAUCGAAGAUGACUUAGAUGCCACUUGCCCUACAGAGGAAAUUGAGUAUGAAAAGUUUUAUCAGUUCCAUUUAUGAUUCAGUGAUUGAGAACAAAACCAGUGAACGGUAUGUAAAAGAACUUUGGUUUAAGGGUGACGACAUGGACAUUAGUAACUCACAUGAAGCACAGUGAGAUUCACAAAUGACUAGAAAAUUCUAUAACCCUCCAAACCAAUCCUUGUAAUCAGAGGACACCUAGGGGAGCAGGACAGUCAACAGGUACAUCCACAACUUCGGAGAAGUCUGUUGGUGGGGACUCUGACUUUGCUGAAAAAGUAGGAUGCUUUGGUUUUUCAAGUCAAGUGAUUAUUAUCAGAAAAUAUUGUUUAUAACUAUAGAUGGGAUGAAAUCUUUAACCUAAGAGCAAUCACCAAAAUCCUCUCUAUAUGUACUGGAUGACGUACAUGACUUUAAACAGCUCUUAAUAGGCACUCAUUUACAUGUGAAUUUGAUAUUCUCACAGAGGCAAAAGUAAUCCAAGAGUAAGAAGAAAGUACUCAGAUUGUAUUGAAAGGUAUAAUCAUAAAUUCUGUAGGAUGUUUUCUUAAAGUUAAUUUUGACCAGGGACUAAAAUGUUUAUAGAGUGUUGGUAAUCUCAUCUAGCUGAUAGCCCUUAGUAAAAGGAUGAUAUAUUUGCUUUACUGUAGUACUUAUCCUCCAGACAAGUGAAAGAAUUUAGUAUAACAAGCUCAGCUACAAUAUGAUAAUCUGGAGUUUUCUACUUAAUUGAAUGAGGAUGUACUUUUGAAGGGCCAAUUCAGUACUUAAGGUAUUGUCAGCAACGAGCAGAAAGGGAAGCACUUUUCUACUAGGAUCAGCUCUGCUCCAAAAUGGUGGUUAUGCCUUUUUUUUUUUUUUAAUGAGUAUUACUUUCUGAAUUGAAAUGAUCCCACAGAAGACUUGGUUUGAGGCUUGGUUAGAGUUAGAUAAUGGACACAGAGGGCAUUGGGUUGGAGUGUUAGUGAAUGUGGCUUCUCAGGUCUCUCCAGCUCCUCCCAGGACAGGUGCUGAGGCUGGUGAUACUCGGGUUCUGCCUGCCCAGGUUGGAGAAGCUUUCCAAGCCCCUUAUAUCCCCACCUACAUUGUCCCCAAAUCCCAGUAUAUUACAUGGUUACAAAAACUGCCUUUCACAAGCCAGAUCAUCUGGACCUCUAACCUUCAGGAUCCUGGAAUGAUCCUUGCUAAACUACCAACAUUAUCUUGCUACAUUGUCUACAGUUAACAUAAUAGUGAUUAGGCAUCUUACAUGGUCAUAUUUUGAUGCUGUAAGAAAGAGGAAGCUGUGAGAGGUGUAUGAAUUCAGGUCUGCAAUGGUCAGAGUUACAGUGGGAGUUAAGCAAAGCACGUUGGUCAGUUCUUACCACAUAAAUAGGAAGGUAUGUCCAGGUGUUGAAGGUAUUUGUGACCACUCUCAAGGUACUUAUGGGCAUAACAAAAC